GCUGCCGGCCAUUCGGCGUUCUCAGCACUCGAACACUUAUCACUUGACUUUAGCGGCUGUAAUUAUGCUUUAAACUGGUCUAAACUCUGGAGAUUCAUAGUUUUGCAACUCUUUUGGAAAGGGGAACAAAGUGAAAAAAAAAAAUAAUAACGAGCAGGUGUCUGGAACCCAGUUGGACUCCACCCGGAGCGUUUGUGGAAGAUGUAUUCCGCCAGAUAUGAAUACGAUGGCCGCAACGGCCACAGCGAGCGCAUCGACUUCUUAAACAGCAAAGAGAAGGCGCCCUCAAAGCGGAAAACUGGCAUCAUCAUCGGGGUUCUUGUGGCACUUCUCGUCGUUGCAGCUGUUGCAGCCUUCCUCAUUUGGCUGUUUAUCUUUAAAGAUGCUGAUUCAGAAGCCACCCUUAGUAAGCAGCGCAGCCCAUCAGUAGAGGUCUUCAGUGGGCAUAUGAAGCUGGUUGAUGUACCGUAUGACCAGACGCUGGAAGAUACAGACAGCAAGGAAUUCAGAGAUUUGGCAGAAAACCUGGAGGCAAUUCUGGAGGAAAACUACAAGACAGAUCCAUUCCUCGCAAAAUACUAUACUAAAUCGGUGGUCACUGCAUUCAGUGAGGGUGUGAUAGCCUACUACUGGUCCCAGUUUGAUAUUCCAGUCGAAGACCUGGAGAUUGUGCCAGAGUUCUCAGAGGAGCGGGUGUUGGAUGCGCUGGAGAAUGGCAUUAAAGACCAGCGCAGCGUAACAAACCGCAGGAAUAUUAAGAUCAGAGAAGUCACAGCCUCACACACAGAUCCUCGCAUGGCCAGGAACCCCAGAGCCAGCAAGUGUUUCUACCGCCUGGAGGCUGAAGAAAAGGUGAACAGCUUUUCGUCUCCAGGGUACCCCACAGGCUACCCUUCCCAGUCUCGGUGUCAGUGGCAAAUCCGAGCCUCAGAAGACAACGUCAUAUCUGUCAGCUUCCCUUUUUUCCACAUUGAGGAUGACUGCUCUGAUGACUUUGUCUUCAUCUAUGAUUCUCUGAGUCCAGACGAUUCUCAGGCCAUCACACAGAAGUGUGGUCAGAGGCCCCCCUCCAACCCUCUGGAGGUGGUGUCAUCCGGCAACAUCAUGUUGAUCAACUUGAUCACUGACACUAUUGUCCAGAGGCCGGGCUUCGAGGCAGAGUACAAAGCCAUCCCCAUGUCUAAAGCAAGAACCUGUGGUGGUGUCCUCUCUGACAACAAGGGAGUCUUCACCUCCCCACUUCACCCCAGCUUCUAUCCUCCUGCCAUGGACUGCAAGUGGACCAUCAAGGUCUCACCUGGGAACAAGGUGCGGGUGAAGUUCACUAUGUUCCGCAUGAAAGAGCCUGGGGUGGACACCCGUGUGUGUCACAAAGACUAUGUGGAGGUUAUGGGCACCAAGUAUUGUGGAGAAAUGUCCUCUUUGGCUCUGACCAGUAAGGACAACGUCCUAGAAGUGACCUUCCACUCCGAUGAGUCCUACACCGACAAGGGCUUCAGUGUCGAGUACAGUGCAUAUGAUCCCGCAGACCCUUGCCCCAACAAGUUCACUUGCAACUCUGGCAUCUGCAUCGCCAAAGAACUGCAGUGUGAUGGCUGGAACGACUGUGGUGAUAUGAGUGACGAGAUGAAGUGCCAGUGUGGAAAGGACCAGUUCCCUUGUGGGAAUGGCUUGUGCAAGCCGAGGCUCUGGGUGUGUGAUCGCGUCAACGACUGCGGAGACGGGAGCGAUGAGAAACGGUGCGGUUGUGAGGAGAAUGAGUGGCGCUGUGGGAAUGGGGUUUGUCUGCCCCAGGAUGUUGUGUGUAACAAUAAGCAGGACUGUGUGGAUGGAAGCGACGAGGCCUCUUGCAAAACCUCUCCAGGUAUCUGCUCUGACUUCAGCUUCAAGUGUAAGAACAAAGAAUGUGUCAACAAGGUGAAUGCCGAGUGUGACCGCGUCAACGACUGCUCUGAUAACUCGGACGAGGACGGCUGCAAUUGUGGCACCAGGCCAUACAAGCUCAACCGCAUCGUUGGAGGGCAGAACGCUGAGCUGGGGGAGUGGCCCUGGCAGGUCAGCCUUCACUUCCUGACUAAUGGGCACGUUUGUGGUGCCUCUAUCAUCUCUGAGAGGUGGCUUCUCUCGGCUGCCCACUGCUUUGUCACCAGCAGCCCAUUGAAUCAUGUUGCAUCCAACUGGCAGACCUACAGUGGCAUGCAGGACCAGUACAAGCAGGAUGGCGUACAGCGCCGCUCAUUGAAGAGCAUCAUCUCCCACCCAGAUUACAACCAGAUGACCUUUGACUAUGACAUUGCACUGCUGGAGCUCAGUGAGCCGCUGGAGUUCACUAACACCAUCCAACCCAUCUGCCUACCCUCUUCCUCCCACGUCUUUCCUGCAGGCAUGUCCUGCUGGGUCACAGGCUGGGGCGCACUCCGAGAAGGAGGUCAAACGGCACAGCUGCUGCAGAAGGCGUCAGUGAAAAUCAUCAACGACUCGGUGUGUAACAUGGUCACGGAGGGCCAAGUCACCUCCAGGAUGCUCUGCAGUGGAUUCUUGGCAGGAGGAGUUGACGCAUGCCAGGGAGACUCCGGAGGCCCCCUGGUGUGUUUUGAGGAGAGUGGGAAGUGGUUCCAGGCCGGCAUCGUGAGCUGGGGUGAGGGCUGUGCUCGUCGGAACAAGCCCGGUGUCUACUCUCGCGUCACCAAGCUGAGGGACUGGAUCAAGUCGGAGGUAGGGAUUUGAUGAUGCUGUGAGGAACAGGGAGGGAUGCAGAGUGGGGAACAACAUCAGAGUGCUAAAAAUAAUGGAGAAGGAACAUUUGAGUCUUUCAUUCAGGGCUUCAAGUCUCUCCAAGAUGUAUUCAUUUAGCAGCAGACGGAGAAUACUGUUGCAUGGACCCAGCUGCUCACGAGUGACUUAAAGCACUUUAUUUGGUUGCCAACCCUCCCUUUUUCCCACUCUCACUAGACUGGCAUCUCACUCUCACUAAAUUUUAAAAGUAUAAAUCAGUGCACUGUCUUUCACCCCCGUCAAUCAUGUCAUGUUUCACUGGUAAAUACAUCCUGAGUUCAGGUAAUAAAAUAUGUAUAUUCUGGGAAUCACUUUCCCAGUUUUUGUAAAAGGUAAUAUUUUGUGGUUGAUGCAGAGUUUGACAGUCGGUGUAUCUUUAUAGUCCCUGAAAACGUAAUUGUGUUUUUAAGACUUAGGUGUUUCUAAACAGGUGAGAUGUUUUCAUCCUCUUGGGCUGCUGUGAAUUUUGCACUUUUCCAAUGGGCUCAGGCUGUAGAUUCUAUAAAUUUUGGGGUUUUUAUUAAUGCAAUAUCUUAAAGGACUGUAACGCUUGCUUUAGUCUAUUUGCAACAAAACACUCAUACAUCACAGCGGACUAUUUUCCAAAGAAUAGCACAGGAUUUUUUGACUGAUUAAAAUAUUUUUUUAUCUACAUAUCUGCCAGACAACCAUUAGUCUCAUUUUUUUUAUCAGUAAAGUAUAAAUCUCAACUUGCAGAGACAGUUGUAUUACCAUGUGAUGAUAACAGAAGUUUGACACGAAACAAAAACGGAAGAACAACUAAAAGAACAAACAGCCAAACAACAUCAUGCUCAAAUCCAUUAAGAGGCAUUUUCAUAUCAUACUAAAAUAAAUGAAAGCCAGAAGCUGCCUGGAAGGUAGAAAAUGCAUUAAUCAAUCUAAAAGCCCAUGGUUUGCUUUGGAAAAUGGCCAGCAGUAAUGUUAAGUAUACCAGAUUUGUAGCCCGUGGGCUAAAAGAGGCAAACGCACUAGCAUGGUCCUUGAGGAAUUCGGAUCUGAGACUGGUGUGAGGCUUAAGUUGUUUUGAGUUGUUGUUGAUCUGAAUGUGGGUCCCAGAUCAGUAUUUGUAUUGCACCUUUACAGAUGGCUUUUGCCCGGGUCUCUAGUUAAGCUCAAGCUGAUUGAAAUCUUCAGUCACAUACACCUGAGAGCCAAAGCAAACCAAUGGGGUUGUCACUAGGUGCCAGAGCAAAGCAAUGAGUUCUCAUCCCGAUGAGAGUUCCAUCUCUUUGGUCACGACCAGCUCAAUCAACUUUUAAAUCUAAGAUUUGACUGGAUGGUUUCUUUUAGUCUGUUUGCCUUCAUCUCUGACUUAUCCCGGAAAUAUUAAAUCCUGGAUAAGCAAACCAAAGAUCUGCAUAAGUAUUAUUUAUUGAAGGGGAAAAAAUUAAGAAGAAAAAAUUGUUGGGGAUAUUGCUCAGUGGACCUUUUUAUUAAUUCCAUAGAGCAUUACAGUUACAAGUGUAAAUAUAUAUUUUCCAGAAAGUAGGGAGCGACCAUGAUUUUUAGAAGAUAUUUUUAUGAGAACUGCACACUAUGACUGUGAUCUGGAUUAUGGACAUACUAUAUGUCCUUUCUUUGUUUGUGUUUUUAUACAAAAGAGUCAAGAUAAUAAGCACCCUUUAUCUGAUUCCUCUGUACCUAAUUGCAUUACCUGUAUCAUUUGUCUUUGAUGGAGCCUCAUUUUGUAUUAUGUUUGUGCAUAAUAAAUGUUUGCCUUGUGA